AUGGGCACUAGACAUGAAAACGAUACAUUGGACCCUAACGCUCCUCUACUUAUUCUAGAUGGACACACUACCCACGACCCCCAAAACAAUGAAGAAGAUAGGCACAUUGAUAGCGAGUCAAACUACUCGGGAACUCAAUUUAUAUGGGCAUUGACAUUCUCUGCUGGUCUUAGUGGGCUAUUAUUUGGUUAUGACACAGGGGUGAUUUCCUCAACGCUCGUAUCAAUCGGCACGGAUCUCUCCGAUCGCGAUCUUACAACACUAGACAAAAGCCUAAUAACAUCUUGCACAAGCUUGUUUGCUUUGGUUGCCAGCCCCCUUGCGGGGGUUCUGGCUGACAAGUUCGGUCGCCGGAAGGUUAUAUUCGUUGCAGAUGCGCUGUUCGCUCUAGGUGCUUUUGUGCAGGCAAUCUCCAAUGAAGUAUGGGGCAUGAUUGCUGGUAGAAGUAUUGUUGGGUUAGCUGUUGGCGGCGCGAGCUUGGUAACUCCAUUAUACAUCUCCGAAUUGGCACCAUCCAAUAUGAGGGGCAGACUGGUGACGAUUCUCUCCUUGUUCAUCACCGGUGGCCAAGUUGUAGCAUACAUCGUGGGUUGGCUCUUUUCCUUAAUUGACGGAGGCUGGCGCUGGAUCGUUGGCCUUGGAAUACUUCCGGCACUCUUUCAGCUUGUUAUCCUCACCGCUCUACCUGAAACUCCCCGAUGGCUGGCACAAGCAGGAUUCGAAACAAAUGCUAUAGCUGUCCUGGGAAAGGUCUACCAGGGUCAUCCAGACAGUGACUGCAUCACUAAACGAAUUUUACGGGAAAUUCAGCAGGAGGUAGCAGAAGAACGGUUAGGUCAUCCUGGUGGUUCUUCUGGGGCUGGCCAACAGUGGAUUCACUACGUCUUGCAGCGUACCACAGAGCUCUUCUACGUUGGUGGCAAUAGAAGAGCGUUGAUUAUAGCGAUGAUGCUACAAGGUUCGCAGCAGCUCUCGGGCUUCAACUGUCUUAUGUACUUCUCUGGCAUUAUAUUUUCAUCUCUCUCCUUUUCGUCGCCGACGCUCACGUCGCUGUCAGUGGCCACGACUAACUUUCUUUUUACAUUGCUUGCAUUUACCUACAUCGAUAGGAUCGGCCGGCGCCGAAUCCUCCUCUAUUCUAUACCUAUCAUGACAAUAUCUCUCAUCGUUUGCGCACUAACCUUCUCUUUGGUGUCAUCAGAUUUGUCCUCUUUUCCACUGACACGUGCAGGGUCCAGUGACACCGUGCCAGAUGAUUCAAUGCUCCCUAUCACUAUUCUCUUGUGUUUAACGGUUUACACGGCUUCUUACGCCUUCGGGCUUGGCAAUGUACCCUGGCAGCAGUCCGAGCUGUUUCCUUUAAGUGUACGGUCUCUCGGGUCUGCAUUCGCUACAGCAACGAACUGGGCCUCAAAUUUCGUUGUCGGGCUCACUUUUCUUCCCAUGAUGGAACUAUUGUCUCCAGGGUGGACCUUUGGGACCUAUGCGGUCGUCUGUGCAGUUAGCUGGUUUGCUGUGUGGGCGAUCUACCCUGAGAUGAGUGGGCUCGGUUUAGAAGAGGUCAAGGAACUCCUCGCAGAUGGCUGGGGUGUCAAGGAAAGUCUGGCGAGGACCCGCAACGACUCCUAG